AUAUGCAUUGCCCCAACACGGAUGACAAGAAGAGAAUAUACCUCACAAAGGAGGGAGAGUUUAAAGGUGUCGCAGAAUGGAUCCUGGAAACAGAUGGAACAGCACUGAUGAAAGUGCUCGGUCAGCGGGGUGUUGAUCCGAUCCGGACAACCAGUAACGACAUUGUCGACGUCUUUGCUACUCUUGGCAUUGAGGCAGGGAGAAAGUCAAUUGAGAGAGAGAUGAACCAUGUCAUUUCCUUUGACGGAUCGUAUGUCAACUACCGUCACUUGGCCUUGUUGUGCGAUGUGAUGACUGCCAAAGGUCACUUGAUGGCUAUCACCAGUCACGGCAUCCUUCCAUCGCAAUGCAUUGAGACGGUUUGUAAAGUCAUCAAUCUUUAUUGUGAUGUCAUCAAUCUCUAUUGUGAUGUCAUCAAUCUCUAUUGUGAUGUCAUCAAUUUCACUGUCAUCGACACUUAAUUUGCUAUUCAAAGAACUGUUUGUAAAUAACAAAUUAAAGCAUAAUUACUCUAGAAAAAUGUGAAUAUUAGUAA